CAGACGAUCGCUGCGAAACAAGCAGUGUUAGUAUGAAGUAGUUAGUGGUAGGUUAAGCGAGUUGUGGAUGGUGGGUCGUGAAUCUUUUGGGUUAGUGACGUGUAGAGUGACUAUGGAAAAUGAAACAAGUAGUCCGUGUAAGCAAACUACAUCUGACAUCUCGUGCCUCUAUCCAGAAAUCCUAGCCCUGAUUUUCAGCUAUCUAAAUGUACGGGACAAGGGACGCGCAGCGCAAGUUUGUGCAGCCUGGCGGGAGGCGGCGUAUCAUAAGUCCGUUUGGCGUGGGGUUCGGGCUCGGCUUCACCUAAGACGUGCCAAUCCUUCUUUGUUCCCGAGUUUAGUUCGCCGAGGUAUCCGUCGAAUACAAGUUCUUAGUUUGCGAAGAAGUCUUCGAGACGUUGUGUUAGGUGUGCCGAACCUGAAGUCUUUAAAUUUAAUGGGGUGCUACAACUUGAGCGACCCGUGGGUCAGCCACGCCCUGGUUCACGAUAUGCCAGCCCUGACAGAGUUGAAUCUCAGCAUGUGUAAACAGAUCACGGACUCCAGCUUGGGGCGUAUUGCUCAACACCUACAGUACUUGGAAUAUUUAGAUCUGGCUGGCUGCUGUAACAUUACGAACACUGGCUUACUUCUCGUGGCCUGGGGACUCAGGCGACUUCGUAGUCUGAACUUGCGCAGCCUUCGACAUGUAUCAGACACAGGAAUUGGUCAUUUGGCCGGUUUGACUCCGGAAGCCGUUGAUGGAACCGUGGCUUUGGAACAUUUGGGACUUCAGGACUGCCAGAAACUCACGGACGUUGCCCUCAGGCACGUGAGUCUUGGCCUUCAUCAGCUCAAGAGCAUCAAUCUAAGUUUUUGUGCUAGCGUUACAGAUUCGGGCCUCAAAUACCUAGCGCGGAUGUCCGAGCUCCGCGAACUGAACCUCAGUAGCUGCGACAACAUCACAGAUCUAGGCAUGAUUUACUUGGCCGAAGGGGGCUCGCGAUUAACAUCUCUGGACGUCAGUUUCUGUGACAAGGUGGGGGAUCAAGGCCUCCUGCACAUCUCUCAAGGUCUCUUCAAUCUACAAAGCCUGAGUCUUAACGCUUGUCCCAUCAGUGACGAAGGUGUGAGCCGUAUUGCUCGCACGUUGUCAGACCUGCAGUCCUUAAACAUUGGUCAGUGCUCGCGCGUGACAGAUAAGGGUCUUAGUCUCAUUGCAGACCGUUUUCACCAACUCCACAGUAUUGACCUUUACGGGUGUACUAAAAUCACUACAGUGGGGCUAGAAAAGGUCAUGCAACUUCCGUGUCUUUCUGUCUUGAACCUAGGACUGUGGCGAAAAGAAGACACCCGACUCAGCCAGAGCCGUAGCAAGGAUCCUGGGGUUAGACUCCCCUGUGUCUCUGAACCUCCCGCUGCUUACUAAUAUUAAUAACGCUACUGACAAUUUUGUUGAGUUAUAUCACACUCGUUAACUGUUAAAGAAGAUAUUUAAACAGGGCUAUCUUUGCUUGAAUGUAGGUGGUCGUCAUGUCGGUUUCUACGACGACACACGAAAGCAAAGAACAGGGAAGGUUGGCAAGUUGGGUUAAACAAUGUAUUAAUUUUUAUUUAGUUCGUAGCCUCGUCGGGAACACUCUGAAACUCUGCCAAAUCAUCUAGUUUAGAUUACUAACAUAGGUAAGGAUACAACUAUAGUAAUAACUCGAUCGUGAUUUCAUCUUCCAGUUCAAUGUUUAUGAAAGCAAACUUAUCACCCCUUUCUUCAUAAUCGACUUUUCUCUAUACACAAUACUGUUGGAAAGUCUUAUUAUAAAUAUUUAUCAAUUGUUGUAUUUCACAAUCUUAAUACUGUUGUAAUGACAGGUGACGUUAUUAUUUCGUGUGAACAUGUUAUUUAAUACAGUAUUGUUUUAAGUUUUUACUAUGUAAAGACCUGGAAAUUUUUCUAAUAAACGAGUAAAAGGCUUGCUUAAUACAUAAUGAAAGUGAAGAUUAAAAAUCAAUUUACUUAUUAUUAUUAUUUGUUGGCUACAAAUGAAUCUUACAGCUUUAUUUUUCAUUGUUAUAAGUUAUAUACAUUUUCGUGUGCCUCUUCCGUCUCCCGUAUAUCUUGACAUAGCGCAGUUCCCGUAUCCCUACGCCAGUGAGACCAGCAGUGAUAUUUAGAUGUUUAUAUAUAUUGUGUAUAUAAAGUUAAAUAAACGCGUUCCAAUAUAGCAGUAUUUACCUAAGCCUAGCGUUAUGAUCCGAACAUAUAUAUAUAUUUGUUUUACUCCUAGCCUGCGGUAAGUUUAUAGACUGAGAACGCUAAAAUCCAGAAUAAGAUUCACUGGUUGUAGAGAGCGCACAUGGCAUCUUAUGUAGCUUUGCGCUAAAACAAAGAAACCAAACCUCUACUAAGCCUAAUGUAAGUAACUUACUGACACAUGUAUUGUUUUAAAAAAAUCCUGCUGCUAACUAGUGAUAUCUAAAAUCAAUCGUUUGACUGUCUGUCUCUAAGUGUCGUUAACAAUGAUGGUGCCACACUGAGGAAACAGAACAUUAUAACAAUUGUAAGUAAUAUACUUCAUUUCUAGGUGUAUAUUUUGAAUUGUGAUAUAUUUAGGUAACUUUGAUCAAAAUUAUUAUUGUUUAAAUUCAACAACAUCUCAAGUAAACACAGUUUUAUAGAAAAGACUUAUAAUAUUAUGUAGUAUUGUUGACAGUAUAUGGAACAACAAAAUGUGUUAGUCAAAAGUGGCUUUUUGUUUUCCUUUUUUUUUUAUAAUUACAAGCAUCUACACAUACUAUUACACGCACCCACAAAAAGAAACUGAUAAACUUUUGUUAAAUGGUUUCAACUCAAGUCGCUUCUAAUAACAUGUCACAUUUUAGUAAAACAUCGUAACUUCUACUUGAGUAGCCAACACUAGGACCUGGGCUGUAAGAUUUGAAUCAGGUUAGCGACAUCUGUAGGGCAGAUGAUAAUGAAUAAUUAAAAGUUCUCCAUCAAGCCUAAUAAGUUCGAAAGACUACAUGUUUGUAAUGAACUAUGGCUAUAUAAAACCACGAAAAAUACAGUUUUUAAGAUUAGUACUGUGCAGUGGCGGAACAAGAAAUGUGAGGGACGGGCCCCCUGAGAAAACUUUCGCCUAUGGUUGGAUGCCAGAAGAAUUCUUAUGUCGGAACAAUGUUUUGUAUGAACAAGAGUAGUUGGAGUAGUACGGGUGAGGAUAUGAACGUAUUGAUUUAACAUUCUGCAGGAGAAGGGAACUGAAUCUCGAGUUUUGUGUUUCGUAAUACUUUUACUUCACUUUAUUGUCAGUACAUACUGUCACGUGUUUAUUGUUUUUGUUUGUAACACUAUAUUAAUGUUAGUACAUACUGUCACGUGUUUAUUGUUUUUAUUUGUAACACUAUAUUAAUGUCAGUACAUACUGUCACGUGUUUAUUGUUUUUGUUUGUAACACUAUAUUAAUGUUAGUACAUACUGUCACGUGUUUAUUGUACUAGUUUGUAACACUAUAUUAUUGUCAGUACAUACUGUCACGUGUUCAUUGUUUUUGUUUAUAACACUAUAUUAAUGUUAGUACAUACUGUCACGUGUUUAUUGUUUUUGUUUAUAACACUAUAUUAUUGUCAGUACAUACUGUCACGUGUUUAUUGUACUAGUUUGUAACACUAUAUUAAUGUCAGUACAUACUGUCACGUGUUUAUUGUACCAGUCUGUAGCACUAUAUUAAUGUCAGUACAUACUGUCACGUGUUUAUUGUUUUUGUUUGUAACACUUUAUUAUUGUCAGUACAUACUGUCACGUGUUUAUUGUUUUUGUUUAUAACACUAUAUUAUUGUCAGUACAUACUGUCACGUGUUUAUUGUACUAGUUUGUAACACUAUAUUAUUGUCAGUACAUACUGUCACGUGUUCAUUGUUUUUGUUUAUAACACUAUAUUAAUGUUAGUACAUACUGUCACGUGUUCAUUGUACUAGUUUGUAACACUAUAUUAUUGUCAGUACAUACUGUCACGUGUUCAUUGUUUUUGUUUAUAACACUAUAUUAAUGUUAGUACAUACUGUCACGUGUUUAUUGUUUUUGUUUAUAACACUAUAUUAUUGUCAGUACAUACUGUCACGAGUUUAUUGUUCUAGUUUGUAACACUAUAUUAAUGUCAGUACAUACCGUCACGUGUUUAUUGUUCUAGUUUAUAACUAUAUUAAUGUCAGUACAUACUGUCACGUGUUUAUUGUUCUAGUUUGUAACACACGCUUAAGUAAGUCUUAAUUUGGACAAACUGCCAAAUGAUUAUUGUUGUGUUCCUAACUUACUGUUUUAUGUGUAUUUCCAAAUGUUUUAACUUCAUUUUUUGUUAAGGAGAAUACGUAGAAGGAGACUUCUAAUUGGAGAUAUAUAUAUAUAUCCAAGCUGUUUUAGAGUAUUAAAGAAGCGAAGUGUCUCUUUAAGUAUUUCUAACCACUAUAUCGAUUUAAGGAAC